UUAAUCCAGUGAGUUUGGGGAAAGGAAACGAGUGAUACUUUGUAACAUUGUCACUUGAUACAUUGUAACUCUUUGUACUUCCUGGCUCCUCCCACUCUCAGUACAGUCUGCAGCAGUCACAUAACUAUUCCUGUAUAACAGAAAGUGAAAGUAAAUGUAGUGAGUGGGUGAGACCAGAAGACGGAACAAAAUCACCUACUAAUAACCUGACAUACUAGGGCCACAUGGGCCCCCCAGGAACACAGAAGUGGCUGAUAAACAGCCCAACACCCCCCGUUAUUAUCUCUGUUCUGCUGAUGUCUCUGUCCCUGUCUGGAACCGAUUCUCUGGGAGUAAAAACAAGUGACUUUCCCAUUAAAUUCCUGAGGAACCAAGAAGCCUUCAUCCCAUGUACAAUUACUGAUUAUGGGGCUGGGGAACUGGAUGUGAAGCUUCUCUCUGUCUCCUGGACCCUGAAAUCCUUGUCUGGAAGUGACGAAGUUUAUCUGUAUGUGUCUGGGACUCACAACCGCACCCGGCCGGGAUCCUACAUAUCAGACAGUGAGAUUAUAAGAGGCAAUGUGGCACUUCACUUACCCCGGGUUCAGUUCACAGAUGAAGGAGAAUAUACCUGCACUGUCUUUUAUACCCCUAAUAAAGUAGUGGGACAUUCUACUCUGCAGGUGUCAGUGCAACCAACUGGCAGUUUGCAACCUCCUGCUGGCAGUGUUGUGAUUGGAACAGAGAAAACAGUUCAAUGUGAAGCCAAUGGGUUUUACCCCAAAGAUAUAACAAUUCAGUGGGUGAAACGGCUCAGUGAGACCAACUGCAUCUCUCUGGAUAAGGACAGUUGCACGGGGGACCCCUUGGAUAAACAGAGCUGCACGGGGGACCCCUCUGGAAAUGAGGAUGGAACAUUCAAUGUUACAAGUCAGCUGAGAAUCAGUCCAUCACUGGAGGAUGAUGGGAGAAGGUAUUUGUGUAUCAUUAAGCACAGAUCCCUGGAGAAUGAACUGAAACUCAAUUUCACUCUCUCAGUAACAGAGCCCCCACCUGAAGAUAAGACAACUGUUCCACUUGUGGUUGGGAUAUUCUUUACUCUAAUAAUUGCAGCUCUCUGUUACUUUCUCUACUGGAAAUUCCUGAAGAAAGAGCCCCCUAAACUCUCUCCAAUUACGGGAGCAGAACAUUUGGUGCAUAUGAACAGGGCGACUCUCUCCUGCCUGAUCUCUGGGUUCCGACCCAAACCCAUCAGAAUUACAUUGUGGCUAAAAAGAAAUGGGGGAGAAGAGAUGGAAAUCGACUCCUGGGAUUCGGAGACACAAACGGGUUCCUCUGCCCCAGUGUCACAUCACAGAGAGGAGCAGCGUGUGGUUAUUGACCAAGAGAAAGAAGAGUUAGUGAGUAAUGGGGAGACUAAUCUGCCCCCAGCACAGAGACCUCUGCAAGUGGAAAUGUUUCCUAUAAUAACAACAAGUAAAUCUCAGCGACUUUCCAACUGUCAGUGCACAAUCCAUAUAACUCCAGACAUAGAGGAAGAUGAUGGAGCAGAACUGACAGUGAAGGUCACUCACUCUGCCCUGAGACUCCCCAUCUCUGAGUCCUGUCGGCUGAAGGUCAGGGGAGUUAAACCAAGACUGUCAAGAAUUGUAUCUCCGCUGCAUAUCCUCCAUGGAGAACCCCUGACUCUGACCUGUCCCAUCAAUGGGUUCAAGCCAAAGCCGCUCCUUGUUACUUGGCUGAAAGUGGAUUCCAAUGGUCGGGAAACAGAACUUCUCAGCUGGGAUCAAGGUACCACCAACAUUAAUGAUCCCAAUUAUUCCCAUCACCUGGCAGAGGAUGAGAGAGAAAAGGGAGGAGAAGAAGAAGAUGAUAUGAACUAUUUUGUAAGCAAUCUGACCCUGACACCCACAGUGAAGGAAUAUCAUGGGACUCAGUACGUCUGUAGGACUCAUCAUUAUACAACAGAACAUACAGCAGAGAAACGUAUGGAAAUGCAGGUUUUAGCCGUGCCAGAACUGGAUCCCAUAGAGAACUCACCAGAGGUUCUAUGUGUUGGAGAAGCGAUUAAGUUGUCCUGCAGAAUCCAUUCCUUCCAUCCACAAACAUUGGACGUUUCCUGGUACAAAGAGAAUGAGAUCUUGACAUCAUACAAUGAUCCAAUACUCCAUAAUGCCAGUGGGUUGUUCCAUUUCACCAGUCGUAUAACCUACACUCCUUGUGUGAAGGACAUUGGGAAGAAGUUCAGGUGUGAGGUCUCUCAUCCAAGUCUCCAAAAUCCCAAAUGUGUUUCCUGGGAACUGAAACAUCUCACUGGUGAGCCGAGGGUAAGUGCCAUAAAGUGUGACCCUGAGGUUCCUGGGUGCAACCAAACUACAACAUUAUCCUGUACUAUAGAGAAAUUUUACCCUAAAGACCUCAAAAUCCGAUGGUAUCGGGGGCUGGAAGUCAUCGAGUCAGAAAGUGAUCCAGAAGGUGCCAAGGAAGACCCAGAAUCAGGACUUUUCUCCAGAACCACAGAAAUACAGAUCAUUCCCACUAUUAAUGACCACGGGAAACAAUUCCAUUUGGAGAUAAUGUACAGAACAAUGACCGCAAAGAAGACAUUUUACAUGAGACUAAAAGGGCUGCCAGAAGUUAAAGAUAUAAUAUUUCAUAAUUAUCCCCCGAAGUAUGGGGAACCCCUAACCCUAAGCUGUGAGGUGAGUGAAUGCAAUGGCCGAGAUGUCACAGCGGAAUGGCAAAUUAGAAAUAAUCCAAUAACAAGGGGAAUGAGAACAGAAACCAAAACAAACAGAGAUUCGGUCUCAUUCCUCCUCACACUGACGCCUACAGCAGAGCAUUAUGGGAAAUUAUUCACCUGCCUGAUAAAACACAAGGACCUACCUGAACUAAUAAAGAAAAAUAUCUGCCUGAAGCUGCCGGAAUUCAUAGACUGUGCUGGAUCCGUACUCAAGAAGGGAGCAGCAAAGAAAAACAUGGAAGUAGAAGCAACAGCAGAUAUAGGAAAGGAGCCACAAGUGGGAGAGAUUGAGUGUGUGACCCCCAACCCCAGGAAGGGAGAAUCAGUUACCCUUCAGUGUAAGAUUAAAGGACAAGAUGUGGAACAUGGAGACUUCUCCUGGAGUGAUGGAAUAUUCCCCAUUGAUGAAAAUCUCAUAGACAACUCCAACCUCACUGAUGGCUCCGGCUGUAUCUCCAAGGUCACCUUCACUCCUGAUGAUGAUGAUGAUGGGGAAAUCAGAUUUGAGGCCACAUUUAACUUUGUAGCCACUGAGAGAACCUUCCAACUGCCAAGGGUGUGACAUUUGUUAUGGGCUACUGUGGAACUAUAAAUGUUAAAUGCAGCUGGCAACACAUUUCUUGGCAAAGAAAUACAGAGAGGGAGUUGAACAGAAAACUAGACCUUUACAUUAACAAGGAUUUGGUUUUUUUUGUGGAUAACAGACUGUGCAACUCUAGGCAGAGCAUGUUUAGGCUCCAGUCUUUA